AUGAGCCUACUUGAAGUAGCUACGUCAGUCACAAGUCAGUGCGGCACGCAGCCCAAGCUCUGCGACUACAGAUGUGUAUGGUGUCAGCAUACUGUACAUGACGAAUGCAUGCAGAAUUCUCUAAAGAAUGAGGAGUGUACGUUUGGAGAGUUCAGAGACUUAAUUAUUCCACCGUACUACUUAUCCGCUGUUAACCAGAUGCGUAAAGAGAAAAGAACCGAUUAUGAAAAGAUAGUACCUUACUGCAGAAAACACUGGAUCCCAAUAAUCAUACUGGCUAAUACUCGUAGUGGGAACAACAUGGGUGAAACCUUACUAGGAGAGUUUAAAAUUCUACUGAACCCUGUUCAGGUUUUUGAUCUAAGCAAAAUUGCACCUGCUAAAGCACUCCAGCUUUGUACCUUGCUGCCUUGCAAUGCUGUCAGGGUCCUUGUCUGUGGUGGGGAUGGCACAGUGGGCUGGGUCCUGGAUGCAAUUGAUGAAAUGAAGAUAAAGGGGCAAGAACGCUACAUUCCACAAGUUGCAAUCUUACCUCUGGGAACAGGCAACGACCUGUCUAACACACUGGGCUGGGGUGCAGGUUAUGCUGGAGAAGUCCCUGUAGAACAAAUCUUACGAAAUGUCAUGGAGGCAGAUGGAAUCAAGCUAGACAGAUGGAAGGUUCAGGUAACAAACAAGGGAUACUACAAUUUAAGGAAACCAAAGGUGUUCACAAUGAACAACUACUUUUCUAUAGGGCCCGAUGCUCUCAUGGCUUUAAAUUUCCAUGCUCAUCGUGAGAAGACUCCCUCUCUGUUUUCCAGCAGAAUUAUUAAUAAGGCUGUUUACUUUUUCUAUGGAACCAAAGACUGCUUAGUACAAGAAUGUAAAGAUCUCAACAAAAAGGUUGAGCUAGAGUUGGAUGGUGAGAGAAUCGAGUUGCCCAACUUGGAAGGCAUCAUUGUCCUGAAUAUUGGAUACUGGGGAGGUGGCUGUAGACUCUGGGAAGGAAUGGGUGAUGAACCUUAUCCCUUGGCAAGGCAUGAUGAUGGACUGCUGGAAGUUGUUGGAGUUUACGGUUCUUUCCACUGUGCCCAGAUUCAGGUGAAACUAGCAAAUCCUGUUCGUCUAGGACAGGCACAUACAGUGAGGCUGAUCUUGAAGAGUUCAAAGAUGCCAAUGCAGGUGGAUGGAGAACCAUGGGCUCAGGGGCCCUGCACUGUUACCAUAACUCAUAAGACACAUGCACUGAUGUUGUAUCACUCUGGUGAACAAACAGAUGACGACGCUUCCAGCGUGUCUGAGCAAGAGCACGUGAGAGAGCAGACAGAUGAAGAUGUGUAGGUUUUGCCGAACUUAACGUAAUACAGUGAUUAAACUAAAGCUUGCUUCAGAAACACUGAGAAGAUUUAAUCCAGAUUAAGGUUUAUGCUGUAAGGUUCAUGCUUGUGAACAAACUAAGGUUGAGGAAAAAGCCAUGCUUUCACAUUCAUGAAAACUUUAACAGCUGAAUUACUGCAAUUAUUUUGCCUUUUGGAUUGGUGGUGCCCAGCCCUUCCAGGUGGAGGAGUUAGUUACUCCGAUGGCAGGAGAGGGACAGAUACUGCAGCUCUUCCUUACUGUGCUGUCAGACUUCGGCACAUGCACAGUACAGUGUGCAAAAGGCUCGCUUACUCCUGGGAAGGCAAGGAAGUGGGAGUUCAGCCUGCUUCCACCUGCCCUUUUUCCCAGGAGCAGCUGCAGAACAGAGAAGCAGACCAAGUAGGAUGUGGUCUGAUUUUUCUGACAAAAGCUUGCUCCUGGCUGCCAUCUUUUCUUGGGAGUGGAGAUAUGCUUUUCUGAGCACUUGCUUGGGCAGUACGUAUCUGGUAGGCUUGACUGGAAGAGUGGAAGAUCUGGGGGACUUCUGGAAAGGUGGUAAGCAAGGAAGAUGCUUUUAGAAAAAAGGCUUCUGGAAAUGGUCUGUUAGCCAGUGACUCUUUCAAUGGCUGUGUAGGGUGUAGAGGAGAGUACUCCUGAGGUCCUGAAUACCCAAGAUACAGCAUCAAAAUAAUUCUACCGUAACUUGCACUGAACGGUCCUAUGGCUAACUGCUCUAAUUAAGUGAGGAAUUAAUUCUAGGUUUUUAGAAAUAAGCAGCGUGUCCUAGUUCUUGGGUAGGCUUUUUGGAGGAGAGACCAUGGACAAGGGAGCUAUCUUUUUAGUUGUAUAUAGCAGAGCUUUAAGAAAUUAUGACAAUUGGCAAUGUUUUUAAUAGGCUGUUAAAGAUCUUGCUUGAUAAUUAGCUGAAAAUGAUCAGUAGCGAGUUAGUGUGUUAACCAUGUCAGUUGUAAGUGUAGGGGUUGAGAGCUGAGCUUGCAGUGGUUAUCAGGUUCUAGCCUUCAUGUGUAUAACUUGAUUUUGGAAAAAAAAAAAACACAGAAACACUUGUUUUCUGAUUGGCUCUUAAGAGGUGGAAGGUACCUUGUUGGACCUGCAUUUGUAUUUCCCAUAUAUUUAUAUGGCCACAAAAAAAGUUGACAGCCUGUAUUGAUAGUAAACAUUAACGCAUACAAGAGUACACACAACUGUCAAUCUGAUGUAUCUGAAGCUUCUCAGGUUAAAAGCUUCUCAGGUGAAAACGUCUUCAUGAUCAACAGAACAAAGUAUCUGCUUCCUUUUUUCCUUAUAGGUAUUUAAGCCUGCAGCAGCUGAGAGCUGUGAGUUACAGUUUAAAUUUUGUCACUAAGUAAUUCAUUUAAGCCCAGUUGAUUUAUUGAAGGCAAUCUCCAAGUAGGAAGUGGAUUUGUGCUGGAUGUAUAUUGCAUAAGCUAAGAAUAGAAAGAGAAUUUGAGGGACCUUGAUCUGAACAUUGAGUAUUGCUUCUCUUUUUCAAAACUCUCCAUUUUUCCUUUUGUUUUCUGUAUGCUAACUGAAAACGAUACCAUUGGGUAAAGUAGGCUGUGUUUCUAGGUUUUGUAAAAUAAAACGGUUUUACAACAAUCUAUAAAACAAAAAAGUUUGCAUUAGCAGUAAAUGAACUAUUUAUAUUUUAAAAUAAUAACUUAUUGAAGCCUUGACAAAGUCAAUAUUUUUGAAACCUUCCGUUGUAAUCCUCCUUGGAGAGCAUUUUUAACUCAAUGGUAUUGUUCUAGAAAGUGUAUGUGCUAGAUCUUAAAUACUACUGCUUAUCAGUGAAUUUAUAGAUGUCGCUAAAUGUGAUUAGAGUGUAAUGCAAUGUAAAGCAGAAGCCAUUUGUAAAUUCCAUGUUUAUUAGCCUUAUACACCUCACUUUUAUUUUUUAAUAUGUAAAUAUGAAGAACAUGAAUGUUUAAAUAUAUAUAUAUAAAAAAGUAUUUAAAAUUCCCCAAAACACACAAUGUUAGAUAAAUCCAUUAUCCUAGUUCUUUUUUUAGUUAUGAAGAAUGAAUUUGCAUUGACUUUAAAAAUCUUACUAGUUGGAAGUUAUUUAUUUUUAUUUGACUAACUUAUAAACAUCAACAUCCUAAAAAAAUAUUUAAGUUUUAUGCUGUGGUUCUCAAACUAUUGUUUACAAACAAAUUACAAAGCUCUGGAAAAGCAGGGUAUGUAUUAUGAUAAGCAGUAUUUUCUCAAGAGAAAUGACAGUACUGGCUGCUUGAUCUAAAUUAUUCAUAAUAGAGUUUGAAGAGCUACCUAAAGUUGAUCAGAUAAUUAUUCAAGCAGUUAAAGGCUCUUAUAUGAAACAGUUCCAAAACUGGAUAUAAAACUGUUGCAAAACUUCAGUCUUUGUGCUCCCAGGAUCUGAGGAAAAAAAAUUAAUUGGCAAGAGUUUGAGAAGCCUCCCUUUCUUUACAGUGAGUGAGACAACUUCUCCACUUCUAUUUUGCCUGGGUGGGUUAACACCCGGGUACUGUAUUUGCGCAGGCUGGAUCCUCCCACUUAUUGCAGCUUGCUAGGAAUCCUGUCCUAAGUGUGUGAAAUAGUCUUUGGAAAACCUAAAUCCAUUGUUAGCUCUGCAGAAGCAUAAGAGAAUGAGAAGUGAAAGUAACAUCUAGUUGGGCACUGGGCUCUUUGGGAGAAAUGCCUGUAAAUGGCCUUAUUGGUAUUGGACAGGCCACCCCCUUCUUGCAUGUGGUAAGAAGGCUGUGUUUCAUAAAAUGCAUUUGUUGCAAUCACUAAGAGACUAAGUAGCAAACUUAGCCGUUUUAGGCAUGAAAAGUCUCUGGUAAAAUUAUAUUUAUGGUAUGGAGAAUAUUCUACAAAGUUGAAGUGUCCAGUUCCCAAUCAGACAUGGGGCCAGGCAUCCUUCUGCUGUAACUAUAUGUAGUUAUCCUAUGUAUGACAAACGUUUUUUUAAACAUUAACGUUAGCGCUAGAAUUUGGGAAGUCUUGCUGUUUCCAGCACUCCGUCCUUUGAUUUAAAUGUGUUCUCCUUUCCAGUGUGUUGCACAAUGAGUUAGUUGGUUUUGAAUUACUCUCGUGGAAUGGUUCAGUUGUAGUCCAUCUGCAGGGAAUAAAUGUCAGCAAUGGGAUCCCGGAUUCUAACGCUAAUGUGAAUGAAGUGGUAAAGCACUUCUCUAGUUUGUAAAAUAGUUGUAGCUGCUUGUUGUCAUGUGUGCGUGGUGGAUGUGAAACUUACAUGCUUUUUUAAUGUUGUUGGUAGAAGGCAUAAAGCAUCAGUUCAAAUUGCUACUGUAUAGUUUUACCUCAAAACUGAGAUUGGAAACCUAAAAUUACUGCAGUGCCCUCUCUAUCCAGAGGAGGGUACUCUUGGGCUGAACUUCAUAUCCUGUGCUGAAGGAUUCUCCUUUGCCCUCUUACUGAGUCAUGUUAGAAAAAAGGUGAAAGGGGUGUUUCAGAAAGACAAAUAAUGGUUAGUUUUAGGUUCUCACAGGCUUCAUAUAGCGCAACUUCAUGUAAAAUGUGUAGAGUGACUGUUGCUGUAAAAAAAAAAAAAAAAAAAUUGUUAAGCGCUCAAGUGAAUUCACAAAGUUUAUCUUGCCAUUUUAUUGCAGAAUACACUAGUUUACCUGAAGCUUGAUCAGAUUCUGAUAACUUCCUUUGCUCUAUGUUCUGAGUCCUGUGAAAUGCACUUCAGAGAACUUAAACUUGCAUGGAAAGUCUUUUCUGAGAGUGAGCUUGCCUUGCUCAAACCUGGUUGGUUUACACAUGCAUGUUGAGAGAGAGAGUGUGUGUGUGUGUCUCUGUAUGCAUACCGCCUUUUGUCAUAGGCUUUGUUUUGCCUGGUUUUUCACUGUGAGCAAUUCAUAGCUGGGUUAAAGAAGCUAUUUUAGAUGCGCUGCGUUUGGGAUUUUUCCUCCAUGUUUGGACUCCUUUAAAAAGGUGUUUCAAAGAUUUUUCAUCUUCAAAUAAAAAACUGAGGUGGAUGGCAUCCACUUUCAUACUUUUCAAAGUAUUUCUAUAGUUCUUGAUGUUUAAAGCAGCUAAUAGCAUAUUUAGAGCAUACUUUUGAAAGUACUUUGGAAUUAUUGCAGUUAUUAGAGAACAUCAUGCUCUGAUCAUGUUUUCUUUCUUGUACAGUGCUGAGAUGUGUUUCAAGUGUAUAUUUAGUUGAAAACUAUGCUCAAGUUUGAAUACUUCUCAGCCACUGUUUUGAAUUGCACUUAAUGAUCAUAAUGUAAAGACAGUCUAGUUUAGUUCAUGCAUUUGACAGUUUUCUUGAAAUGGUUACUCUCACUCUUACCCCUUUGCAGUUUUCUCAAGUCUUGCUUUUCUUGGGUACUGAGUAACUCAAAAACACAAUUUACUUUAGUCAGAAGCAUUAAGUACUUGCUCUUGGAAAGCAGACCUGAGUUUCUCCUGGUUACAUAAGAAAAUCAUACAGUGUUUGAACAUAGCUUAGAGGCUAAUUCAUCUUCCUGAGGCAAUGCUACAUAGCAAGAGUAAGUUAAAUUUAUUCAAUAUAAUUUCAGCUGAUGAGGAGUAUGAACGUAUGUUCACGUGUACGUGUUGUCUUGGUAGAGUUUCUAACUGCUCAGUAAGCACUUUUCUUCCUCAAUCAUUUAAUUAUUCAUUUUAUGCUGGCUUAUUUUCAUCUCAAAAUGUCAGCUGGGACAGUGUAAAAAGCCCUACUAAAGUCAGAUUAGUGAUACUUUAUGACAGCUAGCUUGUCAGUGGAGAAAAUCAGAAUGGUUUAAUGCAAUUUAUUCUUAGCCCAGCAGCCCGCCUGUUUGGGUUUUUAAUCACCUUAAUCACCAAUUUACCCAAACUAACACCUGGCAAGAUAUUAGAAUGAGCUUCUAAGGUCUUGUGUUCCCAGUGCCCUUUGCCUGUUUUGAAAUUGUGAUGUUUGCUUGUCCCUGUUGGUGAGGGAUCUCCCCAUUCUCCUCAGGUUCUCAGAACUGAUACCAGUUUGGCCAGUUCCUUUUGGUUUUGAUUCUGCAUUGCAUGCACUGAAGCUUACAGCUUAUGUUUUUUAGUGUGUGUUAUCUAACUGUGAAAUUGAAACAAAAAACCUCAUAAAGCACUGUACCAGCAUAACAGUAUCAAUGUUAUAAUACAUGCCUAUCUUUGUUAGUUAGGAACAAACACUCUCUUUUUGGAAGAGCACCACUGUAGCCUAGUUAGUUAAUUCACGGUUAAGAGUAGGAUACUUGAGAAUCUUUGCACGUGUUCUAGAUGAAAUGCAGAACAAAAAGGUUUUUGAGACCUAGUAUUAGCAGUUUCUCCCUUUUAAAAAAGAAAGAAAAUUGACCCUUCAGUUAGGAGUAAGCUAGAAAUAUCUUUAGAUUUAAAAGUACUAGUACCAUCACUGAUCCUGUUGAAUGUGAACCCUUUACUUUAAAAUGCUGACUUUUGUUCUGAGAAACUACAGCUGCUUCCUGAACACAGAAGUAACAUAAUGGAGCAUGACUUCUUCAUUUAACAGUUAGGUAUAUUGAGAGAACUUAGAUGUGUAUUUAACUUCCGUUAGGCCGCAUUUCCAAAAGCAUGAUGUGAUCCAAAUUUCUUUACUCAGUAAGAGUGCUAAAUACUCAGUUCAGGUUUCGGGGUUCUCAGGGAGAGACUUCUAGCUGGAGUAAAGCCACAUGCCUCAACUAAACCCAGUGAUGCUGAGGGUCUGGCCCUUACUCUUUAAAAGUAUGAAUGUAUUCAGAAUUUUACUUUGUUUCUCAUUAGUACCGCCCUGUUUACUGUACUUAUACUUUUAUUGCUGUAUGUAAUUCAUUUUGUUGCAUUUUGUUUAAUUUACAACCUGUUUGUAGAUUUCGGCAUAAAAAUCGUUGUUUUUAAGAGGAAGUGGAAGUUAAUAUUGUUGAGUUUAUUCCAUUUUGUAUCUUUAAAGUUUACAUCCCUCAAAAGCCAUUUUGUCCACUACCAACUAUUGUAAUCCUUAGAGUACCUCCAGCCAUUUUCUCUUUAUAAGAUUUUUAUAGUUAAACAGAAUAGAUUUUUAUUUUUGUAGCUUGUAACUUCAAUGUGUAUAGUUAUUUCUAUUUGGUAGUUAGUGAACAGAAUACUGUAGGAAUGUGGCUCUUAAGAGCUGUAACCAUUAAUUAGUCAUAACUACUUACAAGAAAAUACCAGCAUGUUAAGCUGAAGGAAAAAAAAAAAAAAUCCUGUGGUUUAGAAGUACUGUGAUGCUGUGAUUUUGUGACUUGUAUUGAAUGUGUUUAUGAAUAUUCUGAAGUUGCACUAAAGAAAAAAAGGAACCUAAAAAUGCAAACAGCUAUUCAAAAAGUAGAAUUUGUAACAUCUUAGUUCUUGUCAACCAGCCAAAGGUGACAUCUGGGAUUCAGUGUUUUUUCCUAUUUCUUCCUUUUUCCCCAUAGAAUGCUAGUGCAAAAACCAUCAGUGUAUUUGACAAAACAGUAGCUUCCUUACGUGUUGCGUUUUAAGAUAUACAUAUUAGUGUCCAAAGAUCAACAAAAUUUGUUGCACCGCCCCCACCUAGCUUCUCAGAAAACAAAAACUCAGAGCCAAACUGAAUCUUACAGCUGUAAAGUAUAUUAUUUGCAAACAAAUAACGAGCCAGCAUAAUGUUGAACCUCCAGUGUAAAUUUUUAAAGGCAAAUCUUUUACACUUCUCUUGACAUCAAGUGAUGCUUGCAAAUACCAAAUUUUUUUUUCUCCUGUUGGUGUUUAAAAGAAGGUAGGCUGAAAUGAGAGGAGGAAGAGGUAUUCACAUAAAACUCUUACCUAUAAAAGCUGGGAAGUGUGCCUUCCUGUGUAUUUGCUGUGUGGACACAGCAGGAGUGAUUCUGGAACUUCUCAUAAAACUUUCUGCUUUGUUUGCACCCUCACUGGCUUGAUCCAACAUUGCUGAAGCAGAUAUCACCCUAGGCCCCUGUAACAGUGACAGAUUUACUCGAUCGUUACCUGUGGGUGCUGUGUAUCAUUUAAGAACUUGAGCCGGCUUCUGUCCAUAAGAAGCAGGAACUUCAGUAAAGUCACAGAACUCCACCAGGUUCUGUGGCUUUUACUCGGUUACACCCAUGUACGUGUGGAGUAAAGUUUGCCUUCAGUUGAUUGUAUCAUGACCUGUUUCUUAUGACUAAGGCAUGCAGAAAGCUCUUUUGAGAAACAUCUGCUCCAUAUUCUUAGAAGUUUGUAAAUGUAAGUUUUGCACAGCACUGACUCUGUUUCUGAAUUUCUUAAUGCAUCUUUUUGUUGUAUUGUUACUUCUACUGUAUUUCUCUGUAGACUAAAGUGUGUGGAUUAAAGUAUUUAAAC